AAGUUCUUUUUUCUCUUCCUCUUAUAAUUAGAAAAAGAAUUCUGAAUCUAUUUUGAUCUAAUCUGGUUUCGGAUUCUUAUUCGGAUAAACCAAAAGGUAAAGAUCAGGAAGAGAAAAAGAAGGUUCCAAAUUCUCUUCAGUUAGUGAUGGCUGAAAUCGAUGAAGGAAAUUCUGAAUUGGACAAUUUCUUGAUGGAAUUUUAUAUCCCUGAUUACAUAUUUAUAGGAGAAGGUGACUCCGAAACAGAAAUUGCUUCUCAUAUUCCAGUAUGUCCAGUGAUUGUGUUUGUCAAUUCUAGAAGUGGCGGACAGCUAGGUGGUGAUUUGCUUAUAACGUACCGCAGUCUGCUAAACAAGCAUCAGGUUUUUGAUUUGGGGGAAGAAGCUCCAGAUAAAGUGCUAUGUAGGUUGUACGCCAGAUUGGAAAAGCUGAAACUAUGUGGAGAUGGCUUUGCUGCCGUAAUUGAAAAAAAAUUGAGAUUAAUUGUUGCAGGUGGCGAUGGAACGGCUGGUUGGUUGCUUGGAGUUGUCUGUGACCUCAAACUUUCUCAGCCACCACCAAUUGCUACAGUUCCCUUGGGAACUGGAAACAAUCUCCCGUUUUCGUUUGGCUGGGGAAAGAAGAAUCCUGGAACAGACAGCCAGUCUGUGAAGUCAUUCUUGGAGCAAGUGAUGAAAGCAAAAGAAAUGAAAAUCGACAAUUGGCAUAUUCUUAUGAGGAUGAGAGCUCCCAAAGAAGGAACUUGCGAUCCUAUUGCACCUCUAGAAUUACCAUAUUCUAUGCAUGCGGUCCAGCCUGUCCAGCGUGUCUCACAGUCGGAUUCUGAGAACAUGGAAGGUCACCACACAUUCCGGGGAGGGUUUUGGAACUACUUCAGCAUGGGUAAGUAGAUUAUCCUUUGCAAAGACAAGUUAAGUCUUUUUUAUUUCUGUAUACAGUUUUAGAAUGUAAGGACGAGUUUUGCACUGAUGGUAUCUCGGCGAGUAGAUGAACUAUAUAAGAAGAGUAGUAUCAGAAACAGCGUAACAUUAAGUUCUAAGCAGUUGUAUUUGCUGGUUUGGUUUCAAGUCCAAAACCCAAGGGAAAAAGCGGGUCGUAAUGUUCGUCCCCGUAGUUCAUAGGGAGCUGAUCCACUGACUUAAACCAAGUUCUUGAAAGCUUUCCAGUAAAUCCGUAGUCCCCAUAUAAGACAUCAGUCACACCCUGACCUUCACUUCCUGGGAGCCAUGCAGCUACAAGAGCAUCAACAUCUGAUAGAUAAGGUUCAAUCACAAGAGGUCGUCCGGAGAUGAGAACAACAACACAUUUGAUAGAGCCACAAACGUUCUUCAUUGUGCUCAAGCCAGGUUCAGGAAUUGUUAAGUUGAGAUUGUCCCCCAUUGUCUCUGCAUAUGGUUGCUCGCCAAUAACAACAAUAGCAUAGGAGAAGUCGUUAGACUUGACAAAAUCAGCUUCAGGGUUUGCUUUGUAGAUGAUUUCAGUGUCUGGGCCAACGGUAGACGCUAUUGCAUUGAGGAUAGUAGUUCCUGCUCAUUUGGUACAAGAGAACGUUAAUGAAUUCACUGCUGAAGUAAAAGUAGUUAUCUACCAGCAGUGAUGUUGGUAGAUAACCAAGUUAAGCGUAUAUAAUGAAUUCACUGCUGAAGUAAAAGUAGUUAUCUACCAGCAGUGAUGUUGUUUCCUUCUUUUCCUUGCCAUUCUAUUGUCCAACCACCGCACUGUAAGCCCAAGUUGUUAGCGUGGCUACCGGCAACAAGGAUUUUAGGUGCAUCUUUGGGGAGAGGCAACAAGGGCUCAUUGUCAGAUUUCCCAUUUUUCAAUAGCAC